CACAAACGGAUAAGAACUAGGGGUGCAAACAUGUGCAAUUACAUCGUUAUCAAGGUUCAGCAGAAGGUAAAUCUUGUGGCUUAUCGACUGUAGCUACCGGCAGAUGCUCACAUUCCCCCCGACAUUCCACAUAUCAUUGCCGAAGCACUACAGGGGGUCGGCGGAUCGAGUAGAGACUACAACACCCCCGGUUAGUGUAGAUGGAGACUUGGAGUUGACACCUCUAAAGGUGUUAGAGAUGCAUUGGACCAAGAAGAAGGGUCGGCUUAUCGAGGAAAGCUUGGUCCAAUGGAAGCAUGUCGAGCCAGAGGAUGGAACCUGGGACGAGACAUCGGCGCUACAGAAGAAGUAUCCCACGUUCGACCUUGAGGGCAAGGUCGAUUCUAAAGAGGGAGGGGAUGAUAGAAACCCGCCCCAGCGGGUUAAUUAAGGGGAUGGCUUGGCCGAGUGGGUCGGGUUGCCAAUGGCAUAUUUUUUUAUUUCUUGUUUCUUUUAAGAAAUCAUUAUCAAACAAUUAGCGAAUCUCUAAUAUCAUUUCUCUCUCUCUCUCUCUCUUGUUCUUCCUCAAUCUCUCGAAAUCCCUAGUUUCUUCUUUUCUCAAUCCCUAAAUCCCCUCGUGAGAGUUCUAGUUCUAUCAAACUGUGGUGAGUUUAUGUCCGAUGAGAAAAUUGUGGAGAAAAUUCUGAGAACUUUGACAGAAAAGUUCAAAUACAUCGUCUGCUCAAUUGAAGAAUCCAAGGACAUCUCAGAGCUGUUAGUUGAUGCCUUGCAGAGCUCUCUGCUUGUCCAUGAGUAGAAGUUCUCCAAGCAUUCAUAUGAAGAAGAGCUAACCUUGAAAGCAAAUCAUAAGUUUGCAGGACGAGGAAGAGGACAAGGAAGGAGUUAUCAGGGAAGAGGAAGAGGAAGACCUGUGAAUAGGGAUAGGGUAGAAUGCUUCAAAUGCCAUAGAAUGUGGCAUUUUAGAAAUGAAUGUCCAGAAUGGAA